GGGAGUCUCCGCCCGGUAGCUCCCUUCCCGGGCACGGCGCGGGAGCGGAGCGAGUGAGGGAGGUUUGCUACUCGCGAAAUGUCGCAGGCUGCCAUGUCCGAGACCUACGGUAGGAGCCGGGGGUGGGGCUGUGCGAACGGACCGUGACGGGGAGCGGGGGGUAGCGGGUGCGGCCCUGCGUAGAGCGGGAGCCCGGCCCCCGUCAGGGGAACGGCAGCCCGGAGGAGGAGGCUGGGGGUAAAGCGACGGCUCCGUAGGCGGGCAGGGCUGGUGUUGGCCCGCAGCGGUAGCCUGCGUGCCUCUUUGCCCUAACUUUGCUCGAGCCGGCUGAGCGCGCUUGGAUCGCCUUGGCUUUCCGCCCCUUUGCGUAGCACGGCCGGUGACAUCUUGCAGAACAGCAGUGCUCUCACACGUAGAGGCUGCAGGGCCCCCGUGCCAGGGCACUAGGGUGGGUGAGAGCUGCCUCGAACGCGGUGUGGUGGGUGUGUUCCUCCGUCUCCUCUGUCCUCAGCAGCAGCUCCGACUUGGACGUGCGUCUCGUUGUUGGGAGAGCGCAGUCCUGGGAAAUAGCUAGCUUCCAUAGUUGCAGUACGGUGAGGUGCAACACCUCUGCUGGCUGUGAGAGAGGCUGGUGCCGCCAGCAGGAGUUCUUAUCGGUAUGUUAACUGAUGGCUUCUGCUGCGCAAGCCUGUUUGCUUUCAGUUUCUGCCAGUGGUUAAGAUGUUUUUUCACACAGUGGUCAAUGCUUUGGUGUACAGCGAGGGCACGGAACUGUAGGGCAAAGUGAGGCAAGAGCACGGGGCAGCCCUUGAAGUGUAAGCAUUGGGACCCUGCUUCUUUUUUCCGGGCUUGAAGUGUGUAAACCUCGGGCAGAAGCUGGACUAGAGGCGUGCCUUCUACUACAUAGGAGUUUGGACCAACUUCUCAUAGUCUGAAUUCACGUGAUCAGGAGCUGGCAUCGGUUCUGCUAUGCUUGUGGUGGAAUUGGUGGUCUCCAAUCAGCAACCAGAGAAGGUGGAAAGUAUUCUAGCCGUGCUCUUGAGCCUGCUUGCUAUUACAAGCAGCAGCAUCAUAUAGAUGACUUCAUCUUAAACAAGUACACUUCAGGCAUUUUUUGCCUUGUUCCAGUGAUGCAGAAUAGUAAUUGCAAUCCACCAUUGAUACUUUCUGAUUGGUUUGGUGUCCUGGAAACUAUGGCCUUAACACUGAAGUUUUGCAGUUGUCGUGGGUUAUUCCUUUUGUCCAUUUUUUUCUUUGGUGUAUUUUUUUUCUGAGUUCCAAUGUUUCUUCUUUUUGUACACAGUUAAGCUAUAGAUAUUCUGAGCUGGAGUACACAAGUAUCAGGAUUUAAAGUAGAUGGAAAAAAUAUAAAUCAAGUUAUGGCAUGACAUAGAUGUUAACAAUGGUUGUGUGAUCUCUGGCCACAGGAGUAACCAGUAUCUAAUUUUGCAGUGUCCUGUUGGUGUUGUUGGUCCUGUUGGAAAGAGGAUGAGAGCAGGGCAAGUGUAUGGGAUGCUUUCCCUAAUAUUCUUCAACCUCUAACUAUCUUAAUAUUAAUAGUUCUCAGAGCCAACUAUAGUUUCUCUCAAGAAAUUCUCGGCAGCUUUUUCUUCAAUGAACUUGCCCAGUCUUUUCUUGAACGCAAAUUCUUGUUGGCAGGGAGCUCCCCACGUAAGCUGUCUGUUCUGUGAAAGGCCUUCUUGUUCUUUGAGUUCUACUUGAUGGCCAGUUGUACUUGAUGACCUUAGCUCUUCUGCUGGAACAGUGUGACGCUUAUCUCCAUCUCCCUUCUUCAUGAUUUCACUCAUGGUUGCAUAUUCCUAAUUGAUGGAAGGAUAAAACACAUUUGCAUAAAACAGCACAGGGCAAAUUGCCUUCAUUCUUGCCAUUAAAAGUUCCUAGUCUUUUUGAUGUUAGCUGCCAUGGCUCAGCUAGGGGUUCGUAUCAGUUUUAACAGUUUUGGUUGGGUUGCUGUUAUUUUGAGGACUGUGCAUUGAUUGUCUAUUAGAAAUUACGAGACACUGUAGUCUGUUUGCUAGCUGUCAGUGCUAGCUACAUGUAAAUGUGGUAUUUCUCUCUUUUUAUUUUCUUGUUAACUGCAGAAUAGCUACACGUUGCACUUGUACUUCGCUUCUUCUAAUUAUGAUAAUGUUUUGGCUCUGUAUUUUUCAGACUAUAGACUGUAUUUUUCCAAAAGCUGUUUAGAAGAAACUUUCUCAGGCGACCUCUUCCUUUUCAGGAUACAUUUGGGUAUUAGAAAUAUUUGGCAAGCCUUUGAGCUUUCUCGGAAUUACUUGGGAAUUCCUAAUGUUAGGGAUGGGGGUUAUUUCUCUUUUUUUCCCAAGAAAUAUUUCUCUGCUUAAUGAAACUGCUUUACCAUAACCAGUCAUGUUGCUUUUUGGAAACUGUAGUAACUUUGCUCAAUUCCAUUAUUUCUGGAAGAUCCUUACAAGGCUUCCUGUUUAAUAGCAAUAUUGUCAAUUACCUGCAGUAGAAAUUACAAUCCCACAAUUAAGGGUGCUUCUCCUUUCUCUUACUGUUGCCAGUUGUCCUUAAAAAACAAAGCAAAACAAAAAGUUUUCUUCGUGAGUUGACUUUCACUGUUUCUGUUUGAUUAAUAUUUUUCUGAGGCUUUAGGCUCGAUGUUUUCCAGGCUCCUUGGAGUAUCUUCAUGCGUCUGAAUGAUCUUUGAGCAUACACCUGUUCUUGAGUAAGGUGGGAGGUGGAUGGAAACUGCCAUUUUUCCAAGCCUUGAACCCAUCGCCCACCAAUUAUAAUACUUGUAGCAAUAGGGAAUGAGUAUUUGUAAAUGGAUUAGAUAUGAGUGUGAAUUUAAUUUGAUCUGCAACAUUUUGCUUGCUUGACAUUACUACUGGUGGCUCAUCAAGAGCUGGAGACCUGUAGAACUUGAGUGCCAGUUUCUACAGCAGAUAGUGAAAUGGACUGAUAAUGCUUGUUCAAAUUGUAAUGGCUGCAUCACACAACUGUUAUAAAUCUACUUGAUUUUACUGGGGAAAAAAAAGUCUUCUAAGUCUUAAGUUUCACCAUACAAACAUCCAAUGAUAGUUCACUGCAAAUGUAUCACCAGAAUAGUACUCUCUCUUCUCUGUAGUGUUGUUAGCAUGGGAGUGUGAUGACUCAGUUUGCUCUAGGAAGCAAUAUUAUGAUAAAAUGAAUAAUUAAUAGAAAUAGCGUUUGGGAUGUUGUCCUUCAGCAUGUACUUUUCCAUUCUCUCCAAGCCUUCAGCUCUGUUUGGAGUGGUAAUAUGAGUCUGCUGGUACUCAGUUGAGAUGUAAACUGGAACAAGCUGGGACUUCUACUGUAGUACAACCACAGUACAAUGAUCCAACACAAUCUAAAAAAAAUAAAUCUAGAAUAUGCCGUUUGUAACAGUGAAAACAAAUCUCUUACCUUAGCAGUGAGUAACUCAUGUUUUCUGUGAUGUAGUGUCUUCUGUACGUAGAUAGUUACUAUGGGACAUGUGCAGAAUCCGUCCUGCUUCCCGGUGCAAAAUGCAUGCAUUUUUCACGUUAUGGUAAAUCUGGGCUGAUUUGUCAAAUGGCUUACCCUUAACAGAUAAAUGCAAAACAACCUUUGGGUUAUAAACGGUACAAGGGUAGAAGAUUGGGCUUCUUUUGAGAAAAUGGUAGAUCUCACUCAAAUCUCUUCAGUCCCUCCUACCUCUCUUUUCUCCCUGAGUAUCUGCUACCACCAGUCUGGUCGUGAGUCUGUCAGUCUGUUCUCAGAAUGCAUAAGCUGUCCGUCCACUGAAAUGCAUUUCUUCUUGGUCUACGUAAUUUGGUUCAUGCUUUUCUCCCAGUCCUGCCUUCCCUGCUCCCCAUAUAUACUUAGCAAAUGUGUUUUCAUUUAUCGCCUUGGUCUUGAGUUUAUUUCAGAGUUUCUUUUAUUGCCUAGAGGACAUGGCUUUUUUGUUCAACAGGAAGCAAGGCUUCCUCCUUCUAAGCAGUCUUUAUGCAGAUUGGGAUAGAGCCAAGUUUAUCUGUUCUACCUGUUGAUCAUCUUAAUUGCUAUUGCUAGAGAAAGGAGUAAAGAGAGAGAGAGCCGUUCUUUUCUCUCAUUUAGAGGCAUCUUAUUGCCAAUAGGAUUGCUUCAGAGCACUCACCCCUUAUGCAGACUUCUACAAAAUAAAAGAUAUCUGACUACCAGGAAGGUUGGUUUUGUUAUUAAUGACAUGAAUGAGAUAGUGCUGACCCUUUGGAAACUAGUGAAUGUAUGUUCUACUCUUUAUCGAGGAUUUGGUAGAAGACUGAUCUAUGAAAGAGAAUAUAAUCUGGUAUUUUUUUUCCCCCCUUCUGUAUUAAGAAGAAUACAGAAAACAAUUUCAAUUCAUGUUACAUUUUAAAGACUGAGCUGCAGUGGUUCGGAAGCUGUUCAAUUUUUCCCUCUGCUGGAAUCAAUUUCAGGCAGAGGAUGGGGUUGGAUGUCCUGGGGUGGUUUCCACACCAACCAUCUGGUUUUGAUCUACCAUGGUAGUUGAGUCAAAGCCCAAGACUGUCUCCCUUCUCCUUCCCCCUCAGCCCUUUCCUCCCCCUGCACACAGCACUUCAGCUGCUGGUGCCUCUUUGGGGUGGAGCCACAGUGUUACUGAUUGCUUUUCACCUGUGCUGGAGAACAGGGAUUGGUCCCACUGCAUUGCUCCACAUAACCCCUACCCAGUGUGGGACCAGCUGAUGCAUGUAGCUUACUGAAGGGAAUUUCCUGUUUAAGUUCUUGGUCAUAGGAAAUGCUGGGACUGGAAAAUCCUGUUUACUACACCAAUUUAUUGAAAAGAAGUUUAAAGAUGAUUCAAACCAUACCAUAGGAGUGGAAUUUGGUUCAAAGAUCAUAAAUGUUGGUGGUAAAUAUGUGAAAUUACAGAUAUGGGAUACAGCAGGACAAGAGAGAUUCAGGUACCCUUUUCAGCCAUUUAAUUAAAAUGUUGUUUCUUGUUAAAUCAUCACUUUGGAUGUUGGGUAUUCCUGCUUAAAAGCAGGCAUUUAUCAAAUUUGGCAAAGAAGUUGUGUUUGAGUAUAUUUGCCAUCAAACAUGAUCUCUCACCAGUUUUUUAUUGGCUUGGAGGGUCUGUUCUGCUUGUUUGCAGAGUACAGAGAGCUACCAGUGGUUAACAGAGGUGAGUGCAGUGGUGAAGGUCUGGGGGAUGGACCGCAGUCCACAUACUUGUCCUCUGCCACACAAAGCCAGGCAGUGGUAUGUAGUAAGAUGUCUCCAGUCUGUUGGCUGGAUACUCUGACAUUGUGAGGAGCUUGUUCUAGAGGCUCACGCUAAUGGUGUUCCAUUAAGUUGAAUGCAUUUACCGACUUGCAGACUCUCUUCUCCAGAUGCUUUUUAUAAUCUGUCUGAUCCCUUGCUUCUGAAGACUGAUCAAACUUAGCAUACUUAGCAGUCUGUUUUUAAUUCAUCUUCUACCUUUUGGAGAAUGCUUUGUGUUCUUUGCCCCGUUUCUCAGGAGGCUUAAGUUGUUCACUGGCAUUUACUUCACUCACCCUUUACUGAUGAAAGAUAAGUUAAUUGCUCAGUGUAUCUGUCAAUUCUAUUUCAGGUCUGUAACAAGAAGUUACUAUAGAGGUGCUGCAGGUGCUUUACUUGUCUAUGAUAUAACCAGCCGAGAGACCUACAAUGCGCUCACUAAUUGGCUGACGGAUGCAAGAAUGUUAGCAAGUCAAAAUAUUGUGAUAAUACUGUGUGGAAACAAAAAAGAUCUUGAUGCAGAUCGUGAAGUAACCUUUCUAGAAGCAUCCCGGUUUGCACAAGAAAAUGAGCUGAUGUUCUUGGAAACAAGUGCACUAACGGGGGAAAAUGUUGAAGAGGCCUUUGUACAGUGUGCAAGAAAAAUACUCAAUAAAAUUGAAUCAGGAGAAUUAGAUCCAGAAAGAAUGGGCUCAGGUAUUCAGUAUGGAGAUGCUGCCUUGAGACAGCUGAGAUCACCACGAAGAGCACAAGCACAAAGUGCUCAGGAAUGUGGGUGUUAAAGAAGCAAAACACAACAUCCAACAUAUUCACUUUAGAUACAGAAGCUGUCCGUGCAAAUGGUGUUUGAAGAAAUAAAGCUUGAAAGCUGUGCAGUUUUGAAAACCAUCUUUCCGCUGUGUACAGACAGAGCAGAGCACUGCUGGCAGAGAGGUGCACCGUGUGGUAUGGAGCAGGAAUGCCCAUGAGGCACAAGCCUGCAAAGCGAACCUGCUAACUCAGUGGGAAGUUGUUCAAGUGAUACCUGUAUGUAAACAUUUUCCAUUACCUAUUUUUAUUUCACCUAUAGUUGGAGGCGUUACUAUAUACUGUAAAUAAUGUAACAGUAAAUUUACAAAGCAUGAUAUAUAUAUGAUGAUAGAACGUUGCACUACAACAGUUUAAUAUUUUAUUUUUUUAUCGUAGAAACUAAAAGUUAACUGAAGUAGGCUUUGUCAUGUUUGUUGCAUAAUAGUUUAUAUUUAUGCCAUGAAUUAUAAAAGCACUGGCAGUGUCAGUGAGGGAUGGCUGUCUCUCUUCCCUCCAUUUCUUUUGCCACGUUCUGACAAGGCGUUUACAUGACCGGUUCUCAACAUGGGGUUAGUUUUGGUUGCUUAGUUUGGGUAAUACAUCAAGUUGGAGCAGUCAUUUUUAUUGAAGUUCACCUGUUUUAUCACAAUUCUUAUAUAUGAUCUUUUGAAGCUCUUUUAUCAAACUGUAAAAGUUCAGGAAAACAUACUUUAAGUCUCUCCAAUGGCUGUCAACUGAUGUGGAUCUUGGAAUUUUUCUUGGUUCUGAUGUUUUGUAUAGCACCGGUGUCAUGAAGAUAGUAUGUAUAUGUCAACAGAAUUGCGCAUCUUCUGUGUGUUUUGUAAUUCUAGUGUUGGGGCGUGGCCUUCUGGAAACCUAUCGCAGUAGGAGUUCUGUUAACCUCUGAUUGCUAACUAAACAAUCACCUGUGGAAAAUAAUAGCUUCUGCUGAAGCAUGCCUUGUGAGGUUCAAGCUGAACCCAGGUGGGUUCUUCUACAGUAGCCCAAGUAUAUGAUUUAGAAUACUGGUAUCUUAAACAUUUAUAAAGCACAGUUAAGAACAUGGAUGGUAAAGUUAGACUUCAAAAUCAGGAACUGAAGAGUCUGUCUUGCUGGAGCCCUACCUUUUGAACUUCUGGGGAAAAUGUGGUAUGUAACGCUGUUUCCAUUGCUUCCAGGAGACUUUCAUGAAGGAAGAAAAAAAUAAAUGCUGCUGAUGUAGUUCUUUCUUCCUGUGAAACUCAUCAGGGGGAAACUUCAGCCUUAGUGCUGUGUUUAAAAAAAGAAAAAAAAACAAUUCAUACUUCCCUUCUGCCUUUUUUUAUAUGGCAGGGAGGAGGUAUGGGGUGAAGGGUUAGGAAUCUUGUUGUCAUUGCUCAGCUGGAGCCAGAAAAGACUGGCAGAGGGCUUAAGCACGAGGACAGAACCAUGAGUAGCGUGUAUCAUUUUUACAGUGUCAUGACAAUUGAUCAGGUGAGAGAUGUGGCUUUGAUGUUGCCAGAUAAGGAGCUGUGGAAGGUGUUUCUGGAGGUAUCUGAACUCAAACUGGUGUCAGGAGGGAAAUGAUAUUUCAGUUGCUAGUGAUGUUUUUACUUAGCUCUUUACAUAACUGGAAAUUGGUUGUCUUUUUGGAAAUGCAAAUGAACACAGAAAAUAGUUUAAUCUCAUCAGAACACAGUAUGGAAAUGCCAAGGACAAACAUGCUUUAUUUUCUAUAUAUGAGUAUUUUUUAUUUAAGGGACACCUGUCAGAUGCAUGUUUAGAAACUAAAUCAGAAACCUGAACUUCUGCUGUGAUUCAGAGGGCAGUUAAAGCACACAAGCAAACCAAGGAUGCUACAGAGAAGGAGGUAUUCUGUCUUUCAUGGAAUUAGAAUCGUGUGGAGAAAAAAUAAUUGUCCUGCCAUUUUUGGUUCAAAUGGAUGUUUAUCUCAAAACUACAUACCUUGGCCAUCUCGGAAAUAAAAAUACUAAAUAAUGAAAGUAACCCUAGACUCUUCGAGUACACAGUAAGUUUUUAAAAGACGGUGGAGUCCAAAGUCUUGUUACAGCUCUCUGCUGUGUCCUCUGUUUUAUUUAGGAUUUAGAUUGGUUGCAUAACUAAUAAGUCUUCCUAAGGCAUAUUCUCUUCUUGAUAAAAAAGGUGGUUUUUGAGGCAUCUUUUAAUUCUGUGUUUACAAGAAUGUAAGAGAAAGCACUCCAAGUAAAUCUUACCUGUCACUCAUAACAACUUAAUUUGGCUUACACUACUCCAAAACCAGAUGGAGUUACCAAAAGCAGUCCCCUGUAGUAGAGGUUGGAUGCAGUUAGCUUCUCUACCAGUCCCAAUGGCCUGUUGUUUGACUGUGAUGUUCUGCAUUUUAGCCAGAGUGGUGGAGUGAAGGGGAAUGUAUCAGUUCUGAAACACCAAACCAUUACUGAAAUGCUGGAAAAAGUAGUAGAGGAAUGCAUUUCCCAUUCAUCUAAUCAGAUUUCUUGGUACAGUGAUAAAGUGAAAGCUGAGCACUUAUUAGCUGUGACUACCCCUCUGUCACUGUUAAAAUGGUUGAAGUGGGGCUGGCACUUGAUUAAAACUUACUUUUAUUAUUGUGACAGCAGUUUGAAGAAUAAGGGGAGUGGUUAUUUAGUUCCGUUGCUUCUGAAUAGUCCACUGAUGAAAGAAAGCUUAGGGACUUUGCAGGCUGGUUGGUUUUUCCUGACUUCUAAAAAAAAUGCAUUUUCUAUUCCUUUUCCCUUUCUAUACAAAUUGGCCCUCUGUUUAUACAGAGGUUCUAUCUGUGGUUAAGCAGCAGUAAGCACAGUUUCAUUGUUUGGUAACAACUUGUCUUAUGCUGUCUCCUUCCCAGGAGGAAGGAAAAAAAAUACUUGCAUUAUACUCAGAGUUGAUGUGUUUUUACUAUUUCUUUAACUAUAUGUUCCUAGUAUCUUAGUGCAACUUAGCCAGGUUAAUGUACUUGUUUUGUAGCCUUGCACCCCUAUGCUGCAUCUCACUGACAUUUUAAAAAGACGCUUUCUAAAGUAGCAACUCCAGAGGGCAAUACUGUGGGAAGCAAUACUAUAAGCUACAGUGUUUACUAGUUGUCCUCAGAUUAUUUAUUUCCAAAAAUAACCAUUAUGCCCAUAACAGCUGUGGAAUCAAUCUCAAGCUUUAACAAACCUAGCUCAUGAAAAUAUUAAGUGAUAUGUUAGACUAUAUAUGAUUUUUAGUGUAAAAUUAAUUUACCAAAGCAAAAUGGCUUAAUUUUAUGUGAACUAAUCCCAGGCAGCCACAUCCUAGCAUUUACUGAAUGUAGAGCUUCAACUCUUCCAGUCCUUUAGAAGACCUAAAUGUCUUAUUAAAAAUCUGUUUUGCCUUUCAGUGAGGCUACUGGCCUAUACUACUACAUUUCAUGCUUGUAUCUAACAAGAAAUAAAGAAUCUUUCUUGAUUUUUCUA